CUCCCCUUCAAUCGCACAUUCACUUUCAUCCAAGGAGGCAGCAGAACAGUGGAGGGGCGGCGGAGUGAGCAGCAGGCAACCACGGCGCAGGAAGCAGUAAAUAGCGAAGCAGUCUUGGCCAGCAGGAAAGACAAUAUCGACGAAGAUUAUCAAGAGUUCAAGACGCCUCCUCAACACAGGGAGAGAGAAAAAGAAGUUAACUAAGUAAAUUCGAAGAGAAGUGAACGAGAGAAGCCGUGAGAGAUGUACGCGUCGGGAGCCUUAGCGGUAUUCCUGGCCGUGGUGGUUGUGGUAUGGGGCCCUUGUUCUGCCUUUCCGGACGGCGCGCCCAUUGAAGCCUGCAUCUACGGCAACAAGCCCAAUCACUAUGGCACGAAGCCUCAGCCACGACAUACCAUGAAGUUGAAUUUCCUGGCCAGUGACUCCUAUUACGAACCUGGAAGCGUUAUUUACGUGCACAUCACCGGUGGGACCUUCAAGGGGUUCUUCGUGCAAGCCCGUGACGCGAAGACCAACAAGUGGAUCGGAACCUUCCAUGAGACGAAGGAUGUUACCGUCUUCCCUGAGUGCUCCGCGGUGACGCACAGCACAGUGCCCCCCAAGACAGAGGUUGUACUGGCCUGGCACGCGCCUUCCCACGGCCAGGGGGAGGUGUACUUCACAGGCACGGUGUUGGAGAACUAUGCCAAGUACUGGUCCGACCUGGUGGCCAAGAUUCCCAGAAGGCAAGGUUGAUGGGACUCUCCGAAAUCAGGACCAUGGGCCGUCCUCUGACACAGCUGGCGGGCCAUGGAGGCAGCCGUGACCAUUACACUUCAACAUUGUAUCAUCCACAUCGUUCACGCCCAGUGCAUAGUGCAUUCAUAUAAGAUUAAACCGGUGCUGGGUCACAUGAUUAUUGAUAAGUGAGAAUUAUAGGUUAAGAGAAUACAGAAUAUGUAUGUAUACGCAUAUAACAUUUGUCAUAAUACACCAUCGAAAUGUAUAUUAUAUUAAAUCCCUAACGACGCCUGAGUGGAGCCCUGCAUGUGCGCCGCGGCCACACGCUGCACCAGGCGGGUCAAACAUCGCACAACACCGCGAGGCACCGCUGCUGUUCCAACCAUUUGGGUCAUGAAAAUCAUCACGUAAGUUUAUGGUGUUCGUCAUUAUCACCAUGUAACCGAAUAGGUCAACAAAUGCUAGACACUUAUAUUAAGAAGUUGGCGUCUUAAGUCAUACAUGGGUGAAAUUCUGAAUAUACCUAUAUAGAAUUGAUGUAAUCGUAUGAAUCUAAGAUUUUACAGAAUAUUAAAAAUUGUAAUGAAAUGAAUAAACUAAUAAAUAAAUAAAUAAACAAGUUAUUAUAAUUUAAUAGAUACAUACAUCGAUAGAUGAAUAAAGUGAUAAACUAUUGAACGUGUAUACAUAUAUAUAUAUACACACACACACACAGUGCUCGUCAUUAAUAUUGUCGCAGGCCGUUUCCCGCUGUGUGGGGUAAUAUAAACAAACAAAUUUAUUUAUCUUACAACUAGUACUUUGUGGUCUUCCCUUUACGCUUCCUACACUCCUCCAAACGUGCGGGAAGGCUGCCUGAAGGGCCAUGAGAUGCCGUUGGGCCUUGAGCCAUUCUGCCCUCAAAAGGCAGAACGCAUUAACUCCAAAAUUUUGGUUUUGAGAAAAUUGAUAAUAAAGAUUUGAUUAGUCAUUGCUCUUUUGCUAAUUCCAUCUGCACACUGUAAUUUGUUCGACAUAUAAAUUGAUCUUUGUAGUGUUGUUUUAUGACAUUAAAUUUCACUGAAUGUGUAGAUUCCAUUGAUAUGAAAAUCUCAAAAAUGGCAUUUUUGGAGUUAAUGCGUUCUGCCUUUUGAGGGCAGCAUUGCUUCCCUGACUUAGCCGUGUGGCGCCGUCCUGUGUGAGGGUGGCGGCGUGACACGUCUCAAAAGACCCCGGUAGAUGGUCACACAGAGGUUCCAGGUAGUUCCCUUGAUUCAUUGUGGUGUUCUUGGGUAUUACUACAAGACUUCCCACACCAUGACAAGAAAAGCAGCUCCAUACCAUCAACGAAUCAGGGAACCAGACGGCCGGUGCAGGGUAGCGGGGGUCGAGGGGCCUGCUAGCUGUCACUUAAAAUUGUGCCUCAUCACGCACUCCACAGCACACCACGCACACCACAACACACCACAGCACACCACGCCGUCCUGUGUGAGGGUGGCGGCGUGACACGUCUCAAAAUACCCCGGUAGAUGGUCACACAGAAGUUCCAGGUAGUUCCCUUGAUUCAUUGUGGUGUUCUUGGGUAUUACUACAAGACUUCCCACACCAUGACAAGAAAAGCAGCUCCAUACCAUCAACGAAUCAGGGAGCCAGACGGCCGGUGCAGGGUAGCGGGGGUCGAGGGGCCUGCUAGCUGUCACUUAAAAUUGUGCCUCAUCACUCGCUCCACAGCACACCACGCUCCUGCUCGAGGGUCCUGCUGGGCGACAGAAACCACAUGUGCUUCGGUCGAUCUCGCUGCAUAACUGAUGUAGCGGAGGUCGUGUGGACAACGUUGCCAGAUUAUCGUACUCAGAGCCUCGUACUUAACCGGUUUCUGAGCCUUAGCUAUUGCCAAAAACCACCAAUUAUUAACCAUUUUAACGAUAACUAUAUAUGAAGGGAGUUAUUGGGGUCGAGGAGGCAGUUUUUGGGUCGGAAAUUGGCAAACAUGAGAGGCUGAGUACGAUAAUCUGGCAACGUUGGUCGUGGAUACGCCGUGAUAAUGUCCUCACAGACACGUCACUCAGCAGUCUUGGGUUGUCUUCCUUUAUUUUUCUGGCUGGUACUCGAGGGUGACUUUCAAGUUCACGGUGUACCAGUCGCACGGAUGUCUUGCGAGUCUUGCCAGGUGGCUUUUUCUUCUCUGGUACUUUGUUGUCACCGGUUUCCAUCACACGCUUCACGCCAGGGUUACCAAAUUAUCGUACUCAGAAACUCAGCACAUCGUAUUUUCCGGUUCUGAGUCACAGCUAUCGCAAACAAACGCCAAUAUGUAAUGCUUUUAACGAUAACUUGAACUGGAAUUUCGUUAUCUGUGUGGGUAGGAAAGUUUUGGGCCCUGGAACUGAUAAAUGCGAUGUUUUGAGUACGAUAAUCUGGCAAGCCUGCUUCACGCAUCUUUGGGUCUGGCGGAUGCUGACGCCUGUCUGCUAGGAGAUAAUCUCGUGUCGAGUGUCCAGCCUUGUGGGGAGAUGUAAUGCUUGUGAUGCCAUGACUUGACAAGGUCCUGUAGUGAACCAUUGUCCAGUAAAACCGAUGAACAACCAGGCAAUUGCAAGCCAGUCUGGGAGGGGGGUAGGGGGUGACGGGGGAAGACAUCACCUGGAACACCACUACUUGACAGCUAUGGACAGGCAAGUGUCGGUGUUUCCCGCCUCUGCACGCCCUCCAACACACACACUGAGUUAACAGAUGCGUAAUAAUUUGAUUUAAGGCACCCGCGCUCCGGCAAAAGGAGUGAGCGAAUUUUAACCCGGUAGCAGCGACGGGCCAAAUUUGUGGCUUUACCGUGUAGCAACGACGGGCCAAAUUUGUGGCUUUACCGUGUAGCAACGACGGGCCAAAUUUGUGGCUUUACCGUGUAGCAACGACGGGCCAAAUUUGUGGCUUUACCGUGUAGCAACGACGGGCCAAAUUUGUGGCUUUACCGUGUAGCAGCGACGGGCCAAAUUUGUGGCUUUACCGUGUAGCAACGACGGGCCAAAUUUGUGGCUUUACCGUGUAGCAACGACUGGCCAAAUUUGUGGCUUUACCGUGUAGCAACGACGGGCCAAAUUUGUGGCUUUACCGUGUAGCAGCGACGGGCCAAAUUUGUGGCUUUACCGUGUAGCAGCGACGGGCCAAAUUUGUGGCUUUACCGUGUAGCAACGACUGGCCAAAUUUGUGGCUUUACCGUGUAGCAACGACGGGCCAAAUUUGUGGCUUUACCGUGUAGCAGCGACGGGCCAAAUUUGUGGCUUUACCGUGUAGCAACGACGGGCCAAAUUUCUGCCAUGAUAUAAACCUCCCAAAAUAGAUGAUGCAUAAACUGAUCACAUAUGCGUUGAUAUUUAUUAUGAAAUGGUUUGCGUGAGUGAUGAUUCUUUCUCAUUAUUUAGCUUAGCGGGGCUUUUCAUCUAACCUAACCUAACCUAACCUAACCUAAGAAACAUGACCCCCGCAGCUACCGGGUUAAAUGUUCAACGGCGAUCCUGGCGACAAUUUCAAUGACGAGCACUGUGUAUAUAUAUUAUACACACACACACACACACACACACACACACACACACAAACACGUGUGUGUGUGUGUGUGUGUGUGUGUGUGUGUGUAUGUGUGUUGCCCAUACACGCUGAAUUGCUUGUGCAGAAAAUGGAAAUUAUCACUUUUUAAAAGCUUGUGCAUCUCGGUCCAAAUUAUUUAUGAUGCAAAGGAUCCUCAGAAUAUUGUGACAGGCAACUCGAUAUUUUUCUUUAUGUCUCAUGUUGCUUUCAAAUUACAGCUUGUCGCUCUGCCCUCACCAUUGUCCCGUAUUACUUGCAUUUCAUACCUUUAGGAUGUUCACUCAUAUAACUUAUGGAAUGUUCUUCUACAGUUAGAAUUAUGUUAUACCGCUGCAUUAUUCUGGGUGGCUCUCGUAUAUAUCCCAUCAUUGCCUGGUCCUCGCCUCUAGACUGGUAUGCUAGACGCUCCUUUCGGAGGGACGCUCACUACAACUUUCUAAUGAAAAAUCGGAGGUAAUAUGCAUGUAUAAGAGCUGGAGAUCCUUGAGGUGGAGAGAUGUGACAGCCCGCCAUGUUAGGGACUGUGGAGAAUUUGUUACCUCUGCGCCAUAAUUCUGAUGUUAUUAAAACACAACAUGUUAUCUCCACGAUCAACAUCAUGGAUACCCAGAUGUCGUUGGGUAGCCAGUUUUGCAUCCUAUCUUUCUAUUAUCAUCUAUAAAGUGGAAAAUACCCUAAGAACUGCUAUAUAGCAUUCACCCUCGGUAGUUAGGCCUCUGUCCACAUCAGCGUUGUCGGAUUAUCGUAUUCACCACAUCGUCUUUAUUACUUUUAACCCUCAAACUCUCGUACCUAUACAAAUAACGAUAGAAAAUUGAAGUUAGCGUUAAAACUCUUAUUUAUUGAUGUUUGUUUGUUUGUUUUUGCAUUCGUUAUUGGUCAGAAACUACGAAAAUGCAAUGCGAUAUGUACGAUAGUUUGGCAACACUGGUCCCCACAAUGGCCCCCACUUCCGGUAGAGUGUAUCGUAUCCAUGGAGGUAGAAUUGGUGGAGUCGACAUCAGCCCAAUUAAGUGAAUCCGCCCUAAUCACACUCUGUCCUGCCUGGGGGUUGGGAUGGCAUGUUCCUCCCUUCUCCUUUGUUGUUUACUUGCAACAAUAAACUAUCAAUCAAUCAAUCAGGUGUCAGGUGUUGUCAGGUCAGGUCAGGUCAGGGCUCGGCCAGGCUCGCCCACCUGGUUUUCCGCACUGCCUACGAUAGCCUUACGAGGCCUUGAUAUCCGCCGCUGUAUGGAGUGAUCGUAGACUCAUUUUUAAUUCAGAUAAAGUUGUCGCUGAGUCCUAUGUACAGGUGAGGUCAUGGAGGUGGGGUUUUCAAGUUAUGUCUAUCCUUUAAGUUUACAAAAAUACCUUAGUAAGAUCAAAGGUAUUUAUGAAAUGUAUACAGCAUCAAUAAAUAAACGGUAAUAAAAAACACCACCAUCAUAAUGGAUGAGACGGUCACGGGGUCUGGAGGUAGUGCCCAUGGCCGUGAUGGAGUUCUCAACCGGGCCGGGCAUCCCCCAUCUUUUGGCCGUAAAUUUGACAGUUCGUCGGCUUCACCUCAAUGAAUGGGAUUAGCGGGCUGUGUCGACUCCACCAGUUCUACCUCCAUGAUCGUAUCUCUCCCCCUCAAGGAUCUCCAAUGAUGGUUAACGUGCAUAGCUCAGUCACUCGUGAAGAAAAAGAUGCAAUUUGACAAGUUGGUUCCCACGCUCCAAGAAGGGGGGGAGGUUUUAUUGGGGUCUUGGUGUCAUACCGACUGUCGUGGUAACCCUCACGACUCCAGACUCCCAUCACGACGUCGGCGCAGCAUCCGACAACAGUCUCAAGACCUCUUUCACGACAUGCCCGACCCUUUCACAUCAACACCCAAGACCUCGUGUACCCUAGAAUCGUGGGUAGUCGUGGCCCAGAAUCGGCACAGUGUGAACGGGGCUUAAGUUGUAUGGGUUGUCACAGGCGAGAGAGUGCUACAUAGCUGUGAAGGUUGUACGCUUGCAGAAAUAAAGACCAGCGUUUGUC